CUUACGCUGCGCACGACCUUGUUGGAUCGAAUUGAGUGUUUGGAGCAAAGUGGUCGGCAAGAGAUUCCGUGGAAUGAGGUAGCGACCAACGACGAACUGUAGCUCGCAUCUCGACGGUGGGCUUUGGUGUCACUGCGCUUCUCUCCCUCUUUCGGCCUUGAUACUCGAUGACAGUUUCAAUCAUCCAGUAAUAUCAAAGAAAAAAAGAAGGAGAAACUUGCAUCAUUGGUACUAGCUUCCCUGCAGAAAAGGGCGCAGCAUAUUAUCCAACAUGGACAACUUCGAGAAGCAUGGCUUGAACGAGGACGACUUUGGCGCAAAGACGGGCAUCGUCAGCGCCUUUGAUGCAUUCCCUAAAUCCAAGCCGCAGUAUGUGACGCAGACGUCUGGUGGUGGCAAAUGGACUGUUGCCAUGCUCCUCAUCUCCAGCAUAUUCAUGUGGACUGAGCUGGGCCGCUGGUGGCGCGGAAUCGAGGCCCAUACGUUUGCUGUCGAAAGGGGCGUCGGGCACGACAUGCAAAUCAAUCUCGACAUCGUCGUCAAGAUGCACUGCGACGAUCUGCACGUCAACGUCCAGGACGCCUCGGGGGAUCGCAUUCUUGCUGCGGACAAGCUGGCUCGCGAGGCCACCACCUGGAGCCAGUGGGUCGAUGAAAAGGGCAUGCACAAGCUCGGCAAGAAUGAGAAUGGCCAACUCGACACGGGCCUUGGCUGGCACUCGAAGCACGACGAGGGCUUUGGCGAAGAGCAUGUUCAUGACAUUAUUGCCCUCACUCAGAGGAGGGCCAAGUGGGCGAGGACUCCUAGGCCCAGGGGAAAGCCGGACAGCUGCCGCAUGUUUGGAAGCAUGGACUUGAACAAGGUGCAGGGAGACUUUCAUAUCACGGCCAGAGGCCACGGCUACAUGGGAAUGGGCCAGCACUUGGACCACGAUAAAUUCAACUUUUCUCACAUCAUCUCGGAAAUGUCGUAUGGCCCGUACUACCCAUCGCUCGUCAACCCUCUCGAUCGUACCGUCAACUCGGCCAUUGUCCACUUUCACAAAUUCCAGUACUAUCUCUCCGUGGUCCCCACCGUUUACCUCGCCAACCGCAGAAUCGUCAACACCAACCAGUACGCCGUCACUGAGCACAGCAAGACAAUCUCGGACCAUCAGAUCCCCGGCAUCUUUUUCAAGUACGACAUUGAGCCCAUCCUGCUGAGCGUGGAAGAAAGCCGUGACGGAUUCUUGUCUUUUGUCAUCAAGAUUGUCAACAUCUUCAGUGGCGUCAUGGUAGCUGGCCACUGGGGCUUCACGCUGAGCGACUGGAUCCGCGAGGUCAUUGGCAAGAGGCGCCGGAGCAACGGCGGUGUUGGUGUUUUGGGCAACAAGCAUGGCUUUGACGAGUAACAGUGGCUCGUCUUGAUACAGUGGUUUGGGUUGGACGCAGUGUACAUACUAGAUGGAGUGCAAAAAGCUUCAGAUUGGGUUAAAUGGGCGUUGCCGGAGUAUGAUUUUCUUGCUUUUUCUUGGCAUUUUGUGUCUGUGGAUUUUUUUUUUUCUGCUUUGACAGAUAUUAUAUCAUAGCACAGGUAUCUCGACGUAUAAAGCUUGUACUUUUGAGUUUUUGAGGAACACCUAUCAAACCAGGCAUACGUAUCGAACAGCCAUUCUCGGCAUGUCUCAGCGAAAUCGACCCUUGCAACCAGCUGAGGAUCUCGGGUCGG